GAUUUUUCAUAACUUGCUACUUACGUCCGCAUUGCUAUAUAUAUGUGCUUCAUCUUUGUAGUUCAAAGCCCUUUGAUAGUUCAUUUCCAGAGCACAAAAAUGAAGUUCUUGCUAUCAAAUCGUUGUGCGCUCUCUUCUUCACGCCCCGGGCUGGAUAGAAUUAAGAGUGGACGGAAUUGGGUAUGCAAAAGAAGUCCCAGAAAAAAUAUGGUCCGGGAAAGGUCCAAACGAUUACUCAACACAAGGCAAUCGAAUAAGAGAGUAGUACUGAAUGGGAAAAAAAUAAAGGAAGGCAUAGCACGGCUGAAGUUGGAAAUGGCAGAGAUAAGUGCGGAGCAAAAGAGCAUAGCGGAGGGACAGAAACAUGUGCGAAAGAAGUGCGAGGAGAUGCAGAGGGAACGCGAGCAACUGCAUAAGGAAACAGAGCUCAUUUCGCUGCAGAGUAUGGGCAUCCGCAUUCGUCUAAAUUUAAUGUUCCAAAUUUUGAAAGCAAGGGUCGAGAGCGAUUCUGCUAAGGUCGCUCAACUUACUCGCUCUCUCAGGGACUUGAUAGCCAACCCAAAAGAAGAACACAAGGGAAGUGUUGAUGAAUCCGGAUAGAAAUAAUGAUUAGGCAUAUAUGUGUGAAAGUUUCUAUAGAUUGCUAAUUAUAUUUGUGUUGAAGAUUGUAUUUUAUGAUAAGCAAAUAGCACAAAUCGUUAAAAAUUGAUAGAAAGGCUGUUGAGGUCUUGAUCUUUCAUGGAGUCUCCAAGAGCAGCUUCCCUCGUGUCUUCCUGCCUCUUAGAGCCGUUGAAGAUUUUCUUCUCCCAUGGAGUCUCUAAGCUUCUUGCUCUUACAUUGUCUUCUUCCCCAGUUAGUGUGCGAAGCUCCUCUUCUUGUUCCUACAUUGUCGAACCUUGUUGGGCUUGGUCUCUGAUUUGUGCCUCUGUUUCUUUGUUUUGGGCUUGGUCUCUGAUUAUAAGCAACGUUGUGGUCAGUUUCAUUUACAGUUAAAAUAAUUAUUAUUUUAUGUCCUCUGA